GCUGUCAGUCAGGUGCAAGAGUGCUGUGGGAGUGAGCGUGGCGUGAAUUCUCUCGUGGUUCUGAGCUGUUCAAUAGCAUUAGAUUGUGUUCCUUUGAUUUUUUUUGGAAGGCGAUAACUGGUAUUAGGUUAUAUGAAAAUUCGUAAAAAAUGAUGUCGCAAGGCGUUGGUAUAAGCGCAAUGGAUCGCCUGCGUGUGGAUUCACCAGAUCGAAAAACCAUGUGGAAGGAAGAAAAAGAGCGUAAGCUUGCUAAACUGAAGCAGCUGCGCGCAGAGCGAGAGAAACGACGAAGAGACCAACUGUCUAGAGAGGCUCAGGAAGCAGCUGUACGUGCGAGCAAUGCACCGCGAGAUGACCAGCAGGAUUUGGAUAAGAUGCUCUCCUCCCUGGGGGUGGCACCUGUCUCGGAUAAAGAUAAAGAUAAAAGCAGUGGUCCCAUUGAGGAAACUAGAAGCACUAAUCCGCCUGUAGAAGAACCAUCUGCAACCAAGUCGGGUCAGACAGAGGUCCUGUCGAGCAUGUCGAGCAUGUCCUCCGAGCCGGGGCAAGACCUAACGGGGUCGCCAGACAAGAGUCUAGAAGGGAAUGCGACAGCUUCACCGAGAACACCGAGCAAGAGGCCGCCACAGCUCUCAGUCGUAAGUGUACAGGCAACCAACAUCCCUCCUCGCGAAACGGUGACUUACACUAAGGGGGUGCAGACCUCAUCGUCGGGUGAUGGCCACGGUUACUAUGAGGAUUGGUGGAGGCCACGCAAAGCCCAUGCCUUCGACUAUUACGGAGAUGGAAUCUUAGCUCAAAUUCGAUCUAAAUACCACAAUAUGCACGAAUAUAAUCUAAACCCAGCGCUAGAAUGGGAUGAUGAAUUCACAGCUGAGGAGGAGGACAACUCCCUGACCAUGCUAGACACCCCCCCGAUGUUCGGAGGAGGCCACAACCGCCACCUCCCGCCCGGGAUUCUCCCCACGGGCAUGCCGCAGGUGCAGGACGUCAAGCCGGCCCUCGCCCCCGAAGCCGAGAAGAAGGUCGAGGAGGAGAAACCCAAGCCACCCCGUGAGCUGUCGGACGAGGAGAAGCAGAUGCUGAUGAUGACAGAGGAGUUCCACAGCUUCUUUGACCACUCGACUCGCAUAAUCGAGCGAGCCCUUGCCGAGGACACCAACAUCUUUGCCGAUUACUCGCAUGACCACGAAGAGGAUGGCGAAAAUGAGAACGGAGGUGUCAAGUUGUCUCUGAAUCGCUGGUUCUAUGAUGAACGAUGGUCACGUAACCGCUGCAUCACUUGCAUGGACUGGUCUCCUCAGUACCCAGAACUUCUUGUUGCCAGCUACAACAACAAUGAGGACUCCCCUCAUGACCCUGAUGGUGUUGCCCUUGUGUGGAAUACCAAAUUUAAGAAAGAAACGCCAGAGUAUAUCUUCCAUUGUCAGUCUCCAGUAAUGUCUGCAACUUUUGCAAGGUUUCAUCCUAAUUUGAUAAUUGGUGGAACAUAUUCCGGACAAAUUGUUCUCUGGGACAACCGUAGCCAAAAGAGAACUCCAGUCCAGCGCAGUCCCCUGUCUGCUUCAGCUCACACACAUCCUGUGUACUGCAUGAAGGUGGUUGGCACGCAAAAUGCCCACAAUCUUAUCAGUGCAAGUACUGAUGGAAAGAUGUGUUCCUGGUCCUUGGAUAUGCUGUCACAGCCUCAGGAGUCAAUGGAGCUCCAGCACAAGCAGUCACGUGCAGUAGCAGUCACAUCUUUAGCCUUCCCUCACGGAGAUGUUAAUAACUUUAUUGUGGGUUCUGAGGAAGGAGCUGUAUUCACUGCUUGCCGUCACGGAAGUAAAGCUGGUAUAGUGGAUGCCUAUGAGGGACACCAGGGCCCAGUGACUGGGGUGAGCACUCACGCUACCCUGGGACCCAUUGACUUCUCUCAUCUCUUCCUCACUUCAUCAAUUGACUGGACAGUCAAGCUUUGGUCUGUUAAGGAAACGAAGCCUCUAUACUCAUUUGAGGACAACGGCGACUAUGUCUAUGAUGUGGCUUGGUCGCCCAUCCACCCUGCUCUCUUCACGGCCGUGGAUGGCUCAGGAAGGAUUGACCUCUGGAACCUAAACCAGGACACAGAGGUUCCUACAGCAAGUACAUAUGUAGAUGGUAACCCAGCACUGAAUAGAGUGUCCUGGACUAACUCUGGUCAACAGAUCACAGUUGGUGACGAUAUGGGUAAAAUCUGGAUCUACGAUGUAGGCGAACAACUUGCACUUCCGCGUGCAGAUGAAUGGGCUCGGUUGGUGCACACGAUGGGAGAGCUGAAGAACAACCAAGCAGACGACGACCAGUCCACUAGGCACUACGACUCCUCGUUCUCAUCCCUAACCUCAUUAGCGUCUUCCCCUCUAAGAUAAAAUGGAGCGCAGCUUAAAUAACCCUUAGGCUUUGAAAAGUGAUUGCAAAAUAUUAUUAAAACUAUUUAUAAAUGUUGUUAAGUUUAGUUUCUGGCCUUCCAUGUGUAAAUUAGUAUCUCCUUUGGCAUAACGGUAUUAACAAUCAGUAUCUGAAUAUAACCGAUAGAAGGUGUAAUUUAAUUGUCAUGCGAAAGGGUAAAGUUUGUGAUCUAAUAUAUACAUAUUGUAGGACAUUGAAAUCCCUACCACACAAUUUUCAUUUGCAAGGUGUAAAAUUAUUUUGAUAUUUUAUUUGGCAUAUAUUGAGCGGCAACUAAUUUCGCUUAUUGCAGAUAUUAAGAUCUCUUGUCAUAGCUCCCAUGAAACCAAGAUAUAUUAAUUAUAAAAGGUUUCAUAGUGAUAUUUGAAAUAUAGGAAAUCUUAUGUACAGCUUAUGUGAAAAUAAUAAAGUACUAUUGGUGA